GGUGCAGUUAUCGAGAACACCUGCGCUCGAUCGAUAGGUACUUACAUCCCUUAUGGCGCCAUGUUGUUCUGCCUCCCUCACCCUAGAUUUCCGCACUCGUCUCAUAUAUAAAUUUCCCAUACUCGGCUAGAAGCGCGUCAUCAGCCGGAUAUCUUGGCACGACGACGGCGGAGGUGUUAUCUUGAUUCACCCAGUUGAAACCAACGUUUAUCGCUUUCAUAAGUCACAACAAACCUGUACACCGCAACCAAUUGGGCCCAUUUCAACCACCCCAUUUCUCAGUUUGUUGGUAUGAAGUACGGCGACACUCUCAGACAGAGGUCCAUACCAGAAUGGGGUCAUUAUAACAUCGACUACGACUAUCUUAAAGACCUUAUCAAGCACCAGACUACACCCGGCACGAACAAGGCCGUAUCCAUCCCAGGCCAGGGCGAGAGCACCGAGCGCGCAUUUGGCGACACCUUCUUCAAUGUUUUAGCACAACAACAUGAUCGCAUCAACCUCUUCGUGCGAAGCAAGAGCGGCGAAAUCGAACGGAGGCUAGAGCACAUCAGCAAGACCCUAGACCAGCUGCGCGCGCGACGCAAUCCGGCGAGCGGGCGUCUCCCCGCGCGAAUAGUGGAGAGAUAUGCGAAGAUAGAUGCAGACGUCGCAAGGACCGGAGAGGAGAUAAGGUCGCUCUCCCGAUUCCAAGUCACACAACGGACGGGCUUCAUCAAGAUCCUCAAGAAAUACAAGCGCUGGACAAAGGACAGGGAACUCAGUCAUGUCUUUAAGCAGGAGAUCAGUAGCCGGCCGGAUAGCCUGUUCCAGUUGGAUCUGGGCUAUCUCCUGGACCAAUACAUCGAUGUGCUCGACGCGCUCCGCUCCGCUUUUGAUGCCGAUGGCACGUCUACGUCGCCUGCUGAGAAUACCAACGGCCAGUCGUCCGCUGCACACAUAUCUAGAAGCAUUGAGAAGGGCGGUGAUCUCGAAUUUGACUUGGUGAUGAACGCGGUGCCUCUGGGGUCCAAGGGCAACAAAGCAACGUACUGGAUACAUCCAGACCAUAUCGUCGAGGCACAGGUCCUGUUACUCCAACACACCCGCCUGUACGUCAGCAAGGCCAGACGGAACAAAUCGGUCAACGGAACGCCUCUCCGCCGCCAUUCCUCCACAACCAACCUCGACCCGUACCUCGGCAACGAAGACACAACUGGGGUGGUUGUCUUGGAUCAUCCUGAAGCUUUCGCGUUCAAGCAAAACGCAAGUACGAUUGGAGCGACAGAAGAACUACAGGGAAGCAUCGGCAUAAAGGCUGCUGGUCAAGUGCGGUGUUGCGCAUCUGGGGAGGCGGCGGUUGUUGUAUGCACAGAGGCGGAUGCGCAAGGGCAGUCAUCGGUAGCCGUCAAGACAGCCAAGAUGGAGCGCAAGCGCCUGCAAAGCUUCCUCGACACUUACGUACGAGAGGACAGCAUGAAGCAUAUUGAGAACGGAUCGGCUAAAGAUGAUGCACCGGCGGUUCGACAGUGGCUUGCUGAACACCAAUCUACCAAGCCUAUCGCUGGUGCGGUUUCCAAACGCACACGAUUUACUGGACUUCACAACAACUCAACAGGAGGCAUAUGGGCGACACUGGAUAAAGACAUAUGUCUGAAAGAUUCAUUGUACAAAGAUUUAGCAGAUGACGACUGGACUUCGGCUGCUCGAGCAGAAUCAGCAAAGAAGUUCCCUCAUGCUGUUCUAGAGAUUCGGCGUGAAGGCAACCAAGCAAUGGCGCUCAUCCAGACCCUUGACCGCAGUCAUUUGGUUGAACGCGUUCGAGGUUUCUCAUUAGAAGCGCAUGCUGUCUGGACUUGCUGCAAACCCAGUGCCAUGUCCGCCCCCUUCUGGAUCUCCCUCCUCGAAAAGGAUAUCCGCAAGCUGCCAGAACCGGUGACAAAGCGGAGUCGCAGAGCUCGAGAGAGCGCAACUGGCUCACAAGUUCAACUAUCACCUCCAGCAACUUCGACAUCCAACACCUCAUACGAUGGACAAUCCAGCCCAUUGGCUUCUCGUUACGAGGAGUCUUCUGCAACCUCAGUACAUGAGUUCGUCGACCCACCACCGCUACAAGCUUUCCGGAAGAAGAGCCGGAAGCCUUACUCUGACUAUCCUCCACCAAUGAGCAGAACCGAGCCAGAACCGGAAGUCCAACAGCGAUACUGGAACGAGUACGAUCACCCCGAAGACGAGGAGACUGGCUACUAUAUCUACGUCGACCCUGACGCGCCCAUCAAGUAUCCCGGCCAAGAUUUCGUCGAAGCACUAGCGAGAAAGACGAAGAAGCUUUUUGGCAUGGGCGACAAAGCUGAUGAGGCAUCGCUUUCGGGUGGCGAAGACUCUGAUGACGAUGACACAAUCGACUCAUCCCCCAUACUCCACGCCGCAAACUACGGGACAACAGACGCCCACGGGCAGUCAUCGAACCGCGACGGCUACUUCAGUACACUCUUCCGCUCCCUCCGCGAUCCACGCCACGACGCCGACCUCUUCAAUGAGCGUCGCGCACUGCUCGGCCAGGUCGAAACGCACCAGCACAAGAUUGAAAUGACUAAACUGCGCUUCUACUCUACCGCACUGGGUGCAGCCGUUGUCAUGGACCUCAUCCUGGGCCUCAUGACGAUGACUAGUCGCAAGAAGGAACGGGGUGUUGUUGAUGCGGCUGUCCUGCUGGGUACUAUUAGUACACUGGUGCUUUGCGUUGUCGCGGUUAUCAGUAUGAGGACAAGGCAGGAGCGUGUCGGUGCGGUUCAUCAGGGGGCUGUGUUGAGUAUUGCUGCUGCGGUUGUGGCGCUGGAUGUUUUGUUGUUGCUGUGGGUGUUGAGGAUAUGAUGUGGUGGAGUAAUGGCUUGGAUGCGUUUUUGCAUGUGUGGUGUUUUGCUUGGGUAGCUAGGCGUUUGGGUGUUUGAGAGGUCUACCGCUGUGCAAAGGGCGAUCAAGUGUAGAUGAUGGAGCUGCUGGCGCUUAACGAUUUGUACGUAGGUUUGAGAUAUACCCUGUUGUUACACUCUUUAGUGUUGUUGUGCUGUAGUAUGGUCAUGUGUCUCGUUCUGGUGUCCGGGCUCGAGCUUCAGUGUCAUCUAACUGCGCGCCGAGUCUUGUGACCAGCAUCUGUAAGUCAACAUCUCUAGGCAGUCAGGCACGAUUUAUCGCACAUGUAGGCAUUUGCGUUGGAGACAACCUUGGAAGACAUGGCGGUGAUUGGGUAAUCACAG